CAAACAUUAAAGGAUAGGUUGAGACAAAUACUGUGAACCAGGAGCAAAAGUUCUGCAUGAUAUAUUUCUGUAACAUAUGGAUGCAUAGUCUACUACUUCGGCAUGAUGAGUUAGUAGGGACCCUGAAUGUACUGUUGCAGCUGAAAUUAGUACAGUGCCUCUUAGAACUGACAUUAGGAGCUGAUCAGAGGGAGAAAUGAGGCAUUUUCUCAAUAUUUUUCUAAGUCUCAAUUUUAUUAUAUUUUUAUAUAUAAUAAGAAGUGCUGUUGCACUAGAGCAGUGCAACAUUAAGCAGUGCAGUGUUAUUAAAGUGGUGAGGGGUCUGUGCAUACCUCUGGUGAGACAGUAGAAUAUCCCAAAUGUGGCAUAUUCAUGUGCUUGUAUAAAUGGGCUAGUUGACUUUGUUCCCUUUCUUGGGAAAGUCUUGCAGAUUGGGUAAGGAAAUUGAGGGUUCUUGAUGAUGGUUUAUGUUCAUGGAGGGAUUUGUGUAUUUUCUUUACCUUAGGUGAUACUGUAGCACUUAAUUUAGUUACCUGGCAUAGAAAGACUUCAUUCAGCUGUGACAGAAGACAGAAUUGUGAGGUGCAGAAGUGGUGGUGUCAGUAGGCACCUGGGCAGAAUUACAAGGGAGUGUUGGGAAGGAGCAUGGCCACAGCUUGCUUGGAAACUCACCUCUCCAGGUGAGUUGUCUCUGCAACAGAGGCAGAACCAGGUUUUCUGUGUAGGAAGAUAAAGCUCAUCUGAUGUGUUUCCUGAAAUGCCCCUGCUGUCACCUGCAGGGAAAUACAAGGUCAUGCAGACAAGGCUCUCACUGAGCAGCUGGGAGUGUGGUGUAGGAGGAAAGUGUUCAGACUUGCUGAACUGCAGAAACAUGGAACAGAGGGAGCUUGUGUGGAGAGAAAAAACUUCAUCUUGAGAAAAUCAAAACCAGGCUUCUGGCACUUAAAAUUGAAAAGCUUUCAUAGGGGAGUCCUUAACAGUUUCUUAAAGGCAGAGGCUCAGGUGUGGCAGAGCACACAGUAUGGGAUGAAGCAUUUCCUAGAAGUGAGAUUGCAGGAUCCAUGUGCCUUUGAAAUAGUGUCAGGAUCGAGGCUGGCAAAAAAGUCGUGAAAAUGUUAGAACAAAUUUCAGUAGGGUUUGAUGGGGAAAAAAAAAAAGAAAAAGGAUGGCUGAACCAAAGCUCGUGUGCUGCUACAGAGUAAUCUGGAAAGUUCAACACAGAACUGAAAUGGCCAAUCUGGAAAUGGGAAUGCAUAUUCAAAAGGCUGAUCAGGCCCGUCAGUGGAACCUUUCAGUACUGGGGCACAGUAAUGUGAUGGAAUUCUACUAAGAUGUAAUAGCUUACCCAAGGGAGAAGUGGCAGUAUGUGUAGAAGAAAACUUAAGUCUUCAAUCUGUUUCCUGGUGGGUUUUGAUGGUAAAAGUCAUCAGGACUGAAAUACCAGCCCUGUGGAGAACCAACCUGGUAACUGACCCCACAAUGUGUAAUGACUACUCUGUUGAGGAAAAUCAGAGGGGCAGCAAGGGCUGGAUAGAAAAGCAAAAGGAGUAAUAACUUCUCCUCACAUGGGCUGGGUCACACAUCUCGAGGUGCGGUGCAGAAUGCAAUUGUUUAGAUGCCACAAAUAAUAACUUAGAACUGCUAUUCAGAGAGCCCUUCAGAAGAGCAACAAUUCUUGACUUGAUCUGGAGCGCUACUCAGGUAAUUGGAUUCAGAUGUUGCUGUGGAACAGCCAGACUGUAGUUCUAAUAUUCUUUCAGGAAGAAUAAAAGACAAAGAAACCACUGAUGUGUUUAAUUUUGGAAGGGGGAAUUACAUAAGAGGAGGAGGCUUCUUAACUCACAUGUGGGUUAAAUAUAAAAAACAGAAUAAAGCAGACAAAAAGAGUUUGAGAAAUAGCUUACAAAAGGAUAAAACCAGUCAUAAAUCCUUCUUCUUCUGUUGUACCGUGGUGGGACAGAGAGACAUGGCUGCAGAAUUUUUUAUGGCUGGGAGGAAUGGGGAAUAAGAAAGAGCAUCUGUAGAAAGUAAAAUUUUAAAAAAAAUAUCUUUGUGCACCCAUGUUCACUAUGGAGGUGCUUAGGGAGUUUUUAAUGAUAAAAUGACAUGAUAAGCAUAGAAGGAACUUAGAGUGCAGUAUCCUAUGAAACUCUGUAAGAGCAGACUCUGAAAUGGAAUUUUUCUCUAUGGGGAGAAUAAUUAGAGGACAUCUCAUUAAUAUACCAAAAGAAUCCGUAAGAAAAUCAGCAACAGGAACUGUUUGAGUGCCAUGAUUUUAUGAUAUACACCUGAGGUGUAAAAGAAAUUUGAAUCUGAAAUUGGUGAGGCCUUAAUCCAGGUCCAUAGCUUGUCAUAAUUUACCAUCUUUUUCCAGAGAAGGACAAUGAAGCUGUUGAAGGGUCUAGAGGGUAAGUCCUAUGAGAAGUGGCUGAGGAAGCUGGAGUUGCUUAGCCUGGAGAAAAGGAGGCUCUGUGGUGACUUUAUCACUCUCUGCAACUGCCUGAAAGAAGGUGGUAGCAAGUGACAGGACGAGAGGACAGAGCCUCAGGCUGGGCCAAGGAAGGUUCAGGUUGGACAUCAGGAGGAAUUUCUUCUCAGUAGGUGUGGUUAGACAUUGGAAUGAACUGCCAGUGGAGGUGGUGGAAUCACCAUCCCUGAAGGUGUUUAAGGAAAGACUGGAAGGUGGCAUGGCCUAAUUGACAUUGUGGGUUUUGGUCAAAGGUUGGACUCGAUGAUCUCAGAGGUCUUUUCCAACUGAAUUGAUUGUGAUAGCACUACAUAUCACUAUAUCAUAUCAUAUAACUAUACCUUUUCCAGGAAAUUGAAUAUCCCAAUAUUUUACAAUAUCUGGGGGAGGUAGAGGCACAAAGCCAGAUGUCUGUAUUCUGUAAACUGAACUCAUGAAUUGCUGAAAAGUCAGUAUGGCUUUGCAAUUACUUUCCUUUUCGUUCUUUUUUUUUCAGGUCUGCUGUGGUUCUUUGAGGACUUUUUGUAAGAGUGUGACCAUGUAUGAAUUGGUUGAUAUAUUUGGAUUCUCAAAGGCUUUUAUUAAGCCUGUUGUAAAAGAUUCCAUGGGAACCAGUGUGCUGUGAGACAAGGGAAGACCGCUCAUGGAACAGUAACUAAUAGGAAAUAAUGAGUAGGAAUUAGUCUUUUUGCAAUAUGGAUGGAAUUGCUUUUAUCCAGUUGAAUUUAACAAGGGUCUUGUAAGGAAAAUGCUUUUCAGCAUUUUAAAAUACCUGUUAAAAGAAAAGAAAACUGUCAGUAAAGAGUUGUAGAAUGAUCUCUCAAUUUUGAAAGACUGGGCAGGGACAGGAUAGAACUUCAGAUUUCCUGUUGGUGGACAUUAAAUAACACAAAGUUUUCUAACUUCAUGUAUGCCUCAAUGGGUUUCUACUUACAAAUUUUUAACCAAUAGUUCCUUCUUAGGAAAGUGCUCUUGGAAUUACACUUGAUUAUUUAAAAAAAAGUCAGCUCCUAAUUUUGUUAUCUUGAAAAGUAAUGAGCUGUUUAGACAGGAAAGAAGACACCAUUAAUAUGUACAUCUGGAUCUGAGAAUACCUUGAAUCUGGUGUACAGUCUGCUUUUGUGUUCUUGCCAUCACCCUAAUGUGGUGUAACGAACUGCUGUAAGAUGCAUAUUCUUUACAGGAACAAUUAGACAGAGUAGGACUUGUUAUUCUGGAAAGAAAAUGAGUCAAAAACGCUCAAGUUUUGUAAAAAGUAUAUGUGUUGGAGAGAAUGUUGUUGGAGAAACAUGGAUAUUUAUUUGUUUAAUACAAAAACUAGAAGUCAUCUAGUAUUUAUGUGUAAUCUGUGUAAUUUUCAAAACUGACCAUCAAAUCAAUGAAGAAAAACAUCCAAGGACAAUAUAAUAAAAAAAAAAAACAACUCCAAAACCAAACCAAACCAAAACCAGCCAAGCACAAUAAAAUGAUGACCACUACAUCACAAGGUUCACAGACCCCUUAAGCUAAAGGUUCUUGGAAGCUUAGGAGGAGACUAGUAAUCAAAGGAGCGCAGAGAUGGUUGCCCCUGGCAUCUGACACUAGGUGGUGUCAGUGCAAAUAAUUCUGGCCUGACCCACUGUAGCCUUCCUAAUGUAGUGUAAGGUAAAAACGCUAGAACUUCCUGGUUUUUGAAUUUGUGCUCACAAGGCACUGAGCUGUUUAAAAGAAAUGUGUUGUACAUCAGCCUGGACUUGGGGAAGUCAAAGCUGACGCAGUGCAGUGUCCAGCUGGGGUUUGAGGAGUGCCACAGGAGCCAUCAGUGGCAGGAAUCUGAAAGUCCUGCUGUUCAUACUGGCAGCCAGUACCAGUUUUAAUUAUGCUGCAUAUAUGAGUAUGCUGAGUUUUUCAUUCUUGAGGGAGCUUGUUGAUUGAUUUGUACAAUGAAAUACCUCAGUGUUUCUAUGUGGAAGACAAGAAUUAGCUGUCAGAUGCAGUUGGUGGCGUUUCUGGUGUCUGACAAAAGUAGUUUUAGGCUUGUCUCACAAAAGGACUGUGCUUCCUGAUGUCAGAGUUUUUUGUUCGUUUUUAUUUUUAAAUGAAAUUAAAAUUAAAAUGUUUCUUUCUGUUUCCUUUGUUAAGGCAACUGGGCAUCCCUGUUGUCUCUAGGAGGUAAUGAAACCUUUUACUGUUUGUCUGUAAAUAAGAUUCUGUCUUCAUCCGGACUGUCAAAAUAAAUGGCUCUUAUGGAGAAGUGACAAGUUACCUUCAAGUGACUGAAGUGCCACUUGCAUUUCAGUAAUUACUGUAAAUUAAGAAAACUGCAUCACUAUCAGUAUUUUAUAAAUCGUCGUGAAGUUCUACACUUGUGAGUUCUUCAUGUGUCCCUUUUGGAAGGUGGUGUGUGAAGAGGUCAUGCAGAAGGGAUGAGCACGUGACAUGGAUGUGGAGAGCUUGUGUAGCAUUAAGUGCUGCAUGGCAACACCAGGAGGUAGAAAUGACAAAAGUGGCUGGAGAUACAAGUGCUUUGUUUCUUUCCCUUACCAUUUGUAAAGUUUUCAUACCUUACAUAUUUCUCCAUUUAUUUAUUGGACAGCCUGCAAAGAGUAAGCGUCCCAAAGAACCUGGAGAAAACAAAAUUAAGCCUGUUAACAAGAAAGUAAAACCCAAGACUCCCAAAAUGAAGGAGAGAGAAUCCAUGGACUCCUCUUUGAAGUCUCAGUCCAUACUGACACAGAUGAUGGAUAAAGGUCAUUUCCAGAAACUAGCUGCCACCUUAAGCCUGGCUGCAGGAGAAACCAUAGAACUGCGAUGUAAGGGGAAUAAUGUUACUUGGAGCUAUCCCCCUUAUUUAGACACCUUUAAAGACUCCAGACUCAGCAUAAAGCAGCUCGACAGGUAUAGUCAGCUGAUCCUUGCAAACUCCACUGCAGCAGACACAGGUGAAUACAGCUGCUGGCUUCAGCUGUGCAAUGGUAACAAAUGCAGGAAGGAUGAGACUAAAACAGGGUCAACAUACAUCUUUUUCACAGACAAAGAGGAACUUUUUGUACCUACUCCCAGUUAUUUUGAGAUUGUCUACCUGAACCCAGAUAAACCUGCAGUUAUCCCAUGCCGUGUUACUACUCCUUCAGCAAAAGUGACUCUUCACAGGGAAUUUCCAGCAGGAGAAAUUGAAACAGAUGGAACUGAUAUUAUUUAUGAUGCAAAGAAGGGUUUUGUAUUCCAGCACCCUACUUCUGAUCAUAAAGGUAUUGUCUACUGCAAAGCAGAGUCACAGGGAGCACCUCAGAUUUCCAUCAAAUACCACCUACUGUAUGUGGAAGUUCCCAAGGGCCCACCCUCAACCACAAUUGCAGUGUCAUCCAGUAGAGCCGGACUCAGUGACAGAGUUCAUGUGGUCUGCACAGUCCUCGGGGAGCCUGAUGUGGAUGUGAACUUCAAGUGGCAGUAUCCAGGACAAGAGUCCGGGAGGCCUGUGAUUAUUCAAAACUUCUGGAGAUUGAUAAACAGAGGAGUUGGACAUACUACAAGAAUCUCAAAGAGUGUUCUUCUUGUGGAGGAUUUUGAAGACAUAGAUGUGGGAAACUAUGUUUGUACAGCUGAGAAUUUACAAGGAGAAACAACAGUAGCUACUAAAGUUGAACUAAAGUGAUAGGAAGGACUUCUGGAUGUGGACUGGCCUCUAUGUUAUUUGACAUUAUAGCAAUUAAUUUUCUUUAUUAAGGUUUAAAUAUAGCUUCUCACUCACUGUUUCUUUUAUAUGUCAACGCAUUGCAUGAUGACCAGCUUGACAGGCCACAACAGAGUUUACUCUGUCCAGAAGUAGUCAGUUGUGAGUUAAUGAAACUACUAUGAAGCACGAAAGUUUAAGUCUGAACAUGCAUAGGGCGUGUGCAUAUUUAGAAACAGGUGCUCUUUCAGCUUUUCUUUGCAUAUGGUCUUUCCCUCAGACUCUUGCAUGAGGUCAACCCGCUGUGUGGAACAUGCAAUUUUAAGAGUACUGUACAUGUUUAAAACAACAACAAAAAAGCAAACUAAAAAAAGCCUUGUAGCUUAUAGUUAGCCAAUAGCAGUUGUUUAUUUUGCAAGAAUAAUUAAAUUUCUGAACAUUAUGAAAACAUAAA